AUGUUGAUCAGGAUGACUCUCCCCUCGGCCUUCUUGCCAAUCUUGCUCCUGGGACUGCUUUCGCCUUGGGUGGUGCGCUGCGUUCCUUUCUCUGCCCAGCAUAACGACACCCUGGAGUGGCGCUGGGAGACUCUCUUCUCUCGCUCCAUGGCCCGGCUCCCGGGGGAGAGGAAAGAGAUCAGCCGGGACGGUGACUAUCUGCUGGGCAUCAAGAGGCUGCGACGUCUCUACUGUAACGUAGGCAUCGGGUUUCACAUCCAAGUCUUGCCAGACGGCAGAAUCAACGGGAUUCACAACGAAAAUAGAUACAGUCUGCUUGAAAUUUCUCCAGUGGAAAGAGGAGUGGUGAGCCUAUUUGGUGUUAAAAGUGGACUCUUCGUAGCCAUGAAUAGCAAAGGCAAGCUCUAUGGAUCUACCCAUUUCAACGAUGAGUGUAAAUUCAAAGAGAUUCUCCUGCCGAACAACUACAAUGCUUACGAGUCCAGGAUUUACCCUGGCAUGUACAUAGCUCUGAGCAAAAACGGAAGAACAAAGAAAGGCAACAAAGUGUCUCCCACAAUGACAGUGACACAUUUUCUUCCUAGAAUCUGAGACAUCUUCCUUCAGACCUACCUCAGCACAGGGGAAGAGACAAGCCACGCUUGGGGAAAACAUGGUGCACUUUUAUUGGAGAGUUUUAUGCAAGACUAGGUGUAAGAUAUUUAAAUUAAUUAUUUAAGUCUGUAUAUAUUGCCACAAAAUUAUUUAUAGUUCUGAUUUUUUUUUAUGUCUAAAACCAAACAGACAAACAAACAAAAAACCCAACCCAAGCUAUUGCAUUUGAUGGUGCAACUGUAGAAGACUUCUGCUUUGUGGUUUAUUUAACUUUUUUAAAUUUAUCACAGGUGUGCUGCUAUUAUGUGUUUUAAAACAAGUGAAAUUUGAUUCCUAUAUUACAAUGUUUUGCACUGUUUGUGUGUUGUACAGUGUUUGUUGGUGUACACAUAUUUGUUUGGUUUUUUUUAACCCACCACCACCAGAUAAGGUCUUAGUCUUUGAAAAUGAGCUGCGCAAACCUUUCUCAGUUCUGAUGGUAGCUUGUAGGAGCAUACAAUGUCUGACCUCCUUUGUGCAGUGUUGCUAUUUAAUUGAAAUGGUAUCAGUUUACUUCUGGUACAGAAAGUGCAGUGUUGAAGUACUACCCCACAAAUCUGUUUUUAGAUCUGCCAGUGCUGAACUUUGAACUUUCCUGCAGUCAAUCUUUGCAGAGCUACUAGGCAGCAGAGACGCUUAAACAACUAUAUAAACUCAAUUUUUUUCUUUUCUGUUCAGAUAAAUAGGAACACAAUUUCUUUUGUGACCCUUAAAGAAAGCUAAUAUUACAUAUGAUUGCUUUGCACAUGAGGUCUAAACAGUGUGUGUUGACCCCUCCCCUAACAAACACUGUGAAAUAUGCUACUAUGAACUCAUUGUGUUUAUUUAUUCAAAUCAAAAUUCCUUUUUCAAAUUUGGAGACUACACUUAUUUUCCAAAGCCUAUGAAACUCUAUUGUUCCCAUAUUUUAAAAUAUAUAAUCAAAACACAUUUUCUGAUUCUUGAAAAACCCAAGCUCUAUAGAUAGAAGUCAGACUGGUUUUAAGUGAGUAAAGCUGGUCUAUAUUAUUUUUAAAAUGCAGUGUUUGGAAGGAGAAAUAUGCUGCUCUUUCUAUGUCUCAUUCCCUGACAAAGUUAAUUAAUUUCUACCUCACUAAUUCUUGAAGCCAGUCUCCUAACAAAAUCUGCAUCGAAGGUGCAAACUUUUCUCUUCAGUAUUAUAAUUCCAGGAAGGGGGGUGGAUCUUUGCAAUCCCAAAUCUCUAUUUUUCCAUAUGUAGCCAGAAGUAUUUAAGAUAGAGUCAGUUGCAUCCUAUUUGAGCCUUGUCACGUUUGAGCUAUCUUUACCCACUGAUUUACUUUUAGUAAGGAUAAUCAUGGUGAAAAUAUUUGCAGACAGCUGUCAGGCUGCAGCACUAUAUGGUCAUCAAGUAACCCUAUAUUUUUCUUUCUAUAUUUUGCAAAUGUAACCCAUGUCUCUAAAGUAAUGAAGGAAAAGGCAGGUUUGAUCAUGAAAAAGUGGAGAAAGGAGACCCUGAAAUGAUGGUAAACUUUUAAUUUUUUUAUAAAUGUAGACUUCAUGGUCUUAAGUUGAACCCAGGCCUGAUCACAAUGUUUAAUGAAUAACUUUAGUACUCUUACAGGAUGUUUACAGAUAGAUAAUCUUCCAAAUUCAUCUAAUGAUUUUUGGACAUGUACAAGUCCCAAGGCUGCAGAAAAUUUGAGUUCAGCAUUUUUUUCUUUCUACAUUCCUAUAUGAAAAGUUUUUGUUCUACUAGAGUCACAUAUACUUGCAUAUAUACUGUACUUACAAAUGACCUUGAAAAGUAAAGCUACUCGCCAAAGUUCAGUGAGAUCAGAGUGUAGCAGGACCAGAUCUUAAACCAUCUACUGCUGCUGUUCAAAAAUAAAACCAAAUUAAAAACAAAAAAUAAAGCCAAACCUAAGGAAGCACCUAGGAAACAUGGUGCCUAAGGAUUUCUCUGCAAUUUGGGGGAUUUCUGUACUUUCUCUGUUUUCUAUAUGUGAGUAAUCAUCAGUGUAACUUUCGCCACUACCUCUGAAACCUCACAAUUCUUCCACAUUUCAGAAAGCAAAAUUUGUCAGAAGAAUGGUUCUUGUGUCACCUUUCACUCCAUUGAAAUCCAUAACUGACAGCCUCACUCUAGAUAUAUUCAGAGGUAAUUGUUGUAACUUCCGAAUAUUGUUGUAAAAUCUUUAUAUCGAUGUUACAUGGUAUGAGCUUUCAUCAUUUACCAGAAUCUGUCUGUAGUUUUAUACAGGUGCUGUUCAAUAUUGUGGUGUAUGUGCUGUGCACAUUUAAAUGCAUAAUA